AUGCCGGUGUGCCCUACACCCAUGGAAUUCCUCAAAGCCUCACACUUCGCUCUGGGUCCCGAUCCGCGGCUGCAUGACGGCACUAUGCAAUGCACAACGCACAGAGACUUCCCGGCCCAUUCCUUCAUCACCCCAGCCGAGCCCCCCGCUUCACCGUGGCAAUCCUCAGUCUUACAAAGGGAAGCACGCUGGGCUACCCAGACGCACCAAUCCGAGAUGCACCGUGCGUUCUCGGUGCCGCUGGACAACCCGCAGUCGGCGGAUGAGCUGAGGAAGAGCACAGAGGAGCGCACGCGAGCCAUGCAGAUCAGCAACCUGCACGUGCACGCGGAUAGGCGUCCGGUCCUCAACCUGUCCACCGCUCAAGCUGACUAUGGCUGGCCGGAGCUGCCGCCGAGCGACCGCGUGGACAUCCGUGGCGCACGCCUCAACUUCGACCGAGACUCGAUGCCCUCAGGCGACAGGCAACAGUUGCGCAUCCCGUCCACUUCAUACAAGGCACACUAUCCGCCACACGCCGCCGCCCCUCAGCCCCGGGCGCCCUGCAGCCACCUGGGUGGCCCCAACACCCUGAAGUGGAACUACAAAGGACAGGAAGGCACCUCCUACAAGAAACACUUUCAGGCCCUCCCAGGCCCACCCGCCUUGAUGUGUAAAAGGGCCUCUUCCAGUAUAAACCUAGGAAACUGCAAGACUGGCUACAGCCCCCUGUGCUCACUCGUGAAACAGACCUACACACCUCAGGCGCUGUCCCCACACAGGUAUGACAAGUUCCAGACUGCAGCCCACAUCCACAAGGUGAGCAUUAGUCCUGGAGACCGCCUGUUCCAUGACAGGACCACCAUGAAUGACCACUUCUACCCCGUGGAGCCAGAUCCUUUUGUUCUUCAUCACGAUAAGACACCGGAUUCGCACAUCCUGAAAGGAAACUGGUGCCCUGGCCCAGGCAGCCUUGUUACCUCCACAAAGUUCUUCUACGGUGAGCCACCUCCUGUGACUCAGCCUUCAAGACGAAAUGUGCUCCAUGAAAAACUCAAGGAUCACGUGACCUUGGGAGACUCAAAGCUGCUCGGAGAAUUCUUCCAAACCUCCAUGGCCUCUGACUACUGCCCACCGGCUGCCACCCCAAUACAAAGGGCCCACAACCCUUCUGUUUGGCAGAGUAACUUCCCAGAAGGCACAGGUGAAUUAGACUUUUUAACCACCCACCAAAGGAUGAUGAAGCCGCAUGGACUAGUUCGAGCCUACAUCACUGAAGAAUUGUUACAGAAGUGCAAAUACAGCCACAUAGAGCCCCCACUGGGAGGACAGCGCUUCUUCUCCACCGAAUAUCAAGACCAGUUUCCUCUCAAGUACCAGGGCCGGGUAGUACAGAAGCUAAGUAACAGACAGGAGAGCCAUGUGCCCCUAGGCACGCCCACUUACUUUGGCUGCUGGGGUGAGAAAGUAGACCCUCAGGGUCCCCAGCUCCCUAUGUAUCCUUGCCUGAGCCAGCAAUAA